GGGGGUUGCGUGCAAAGCUAGGAAAGGAAGCGAGCCAGCCCAAGCAGAGAGCCCGACAGCGAUCCCUCCCGAAGGAUUUGGCUUCGAUCUGCUCCAUUGGAAGAGCUGGAAUCGCUCCUUUUCCACCCAAAGAAAUUGCUUCUCGACAAACAUGUUACAUACCAAAGUCAAAACAGAAAAACCAGAUCUUGAGACGGCCAAUGCGCGAAACCGUCUUGAUGCCGUCCUACAGUGUCUGCUGGAGAAAACCGAUGUUGACAGGGAUCAAAUGGAAGAGGACCCUGGAAAGACAUCAUCAGAUGCGCUCAGCAAGGACCCUUCUCCUAUUGCUACAGGAAAGAGGCCUUCUACUCGAUUCUCCCAUCACCGUCGCAAGAAGAGGAAAGAGAUGGACGACGGACUCACUGAAGGGGGACCACAAAAGCAGAACACCUACAUCAUCAAGCUGUUUGAUCGAAGUGUAGACCUGGCCCAGUUCUCUGAGAGCACCCCACUAUACCCCAUCUGCCGAGCUUGGAUGCGGAAUAGUCCCAUGGUGCGGGAACAGGAACGAUCUCCCAGCCCAAAUCUACCCACCCUGCUUGAAGAUGAAGAGGGCGUCGAAGUCUUAAAUGGGAAAAUCCAGGAUGUCUACAAGCUACCAUCGCCUAUCCCUUGCCAGACAAAUCCUGCAGGGGAACCCAUUAACCUGCGUAUCCCAUUCCCACCAGCAUCUGAAGAGGAAACAAAAGUGGCUGCUGAAACGACUUCUGAAGUGGUCCCUUCAAUGUCUACCCUCAUCUACAAGAACAUGGAGAGAUGGAAGAAGAUCAGACAAAGGUGGAAAGAAGCUUCGCAGAAGAACCAGUUGCGCUAUGCUGAGAGCAUGAAGAUCCUUAAAGAGAUGUAUGAACGGCAAUGAAGAGUGAGGGGCUCGUGUCUUCUUGGAAUCCCUCAUCUUCUGGAAUACAGAAGUGACUGCUUCUGAGUUUGUCGAUCAAUAAAUGCAGCUUUUGUUUUGCA